GACUUUACCAUCUUUAGAGCUUCACGCGCUGCCGGUUCCUCUCUUCCCGGUGUGUGUGCACGCGCCUGAACUGUAGCAGCCAUGGCCUCCCUAUCAAUGGCCCCGGUCAACAUCUUUAAACAUGGAGCUGAUGAGGAGAGAGCUGAGACUGCUCGCCUGUCUUCCUUUAUUGGUGCCAUUGCUAUUGGGGAUCUGGUGAAAAGUACACUUGGACCAAAAGGAAUGGAUAAAAUCCUCUUGGGUGGUGGACGUGAGGGAUCUGUUACAGUGACCAAUGAUGGAGCAACCAUUCUGAAAGCCAUCGGUGUGGACAACCCUGCUGCUAAAGUGCUUGUCGAUAUGUCUAAGGUCCAGGAUGAUGAGGUUGGAGACGGCACUACUUCUGUCACUGUGCUGGCAGCAGAACUGCUCAGAGAAGCAGAGGUGCUGAUUGCCAAGAAGAUCCAUCCACAGAUCAUUAUCUCAGGCUGGAGGAAAGCCACCCAGGCUGCUCGCGAGGCCUUGAGGGAGGCUGCAGUGGACCAUGGUAAUGAUGAGGUAAAAUUCCAGGAGGAUCUGUUGAACAUCUCUCGCACCACUUUAUCAUCCAAACUGCUCACUCAUCACAAGGAGCACUUUGCCAAGCUGGCAGUGGAGGCAGUGCUCCGACUGAAGGGCUCUGGCAACCUGGAAGCCAUCCAUGUGAUCAAGAAGCUGGGAGGCGGCCUUAUAGACUCUUACCUGGAUGAAGGUUUCCUACUUGACAAAAAGAUUGGUGUUAAUCAGCCCAAAAGGAUUGAGAAUGCAAACAUCCUUGUUGCUAACACAGGCAUGGACACAGACAAGAUCAAGAUCUUUGGCUCUAGAGUGCGGGUGGACUCUACAGCAAAAGUGGCAGAAAUUGAGUUGGCAGAGAAAGAGAAGAUGAAGGAGAAAGUUGAGCGCAUUCUGAAGCAUGGCAUUAACUGCUUCAUUAAUAGACAAUUGAUCUAUAACUACCCUGAGCAGCUUUUUGCUGCUGCUGGUGUCAUGGCCAUCGAACAUGCUGAUUUUGCUGGAGUGGAGCGUCUGGCGUUGGUCACAGGAGGGGAGAUCGCAUCGACCUUUGAUCACCCUGAGCUGGUAAAGCUGGGCCACUGUAAACUGAUCGAGGAGGUCAUGAUCGGAGAGGACACGCUCAUCCAUUUCUCUGGAGUGGAAAUGGGUGAGGCCUGCACAAUUGUUCUUCGUGGAGCAACACAGCAGAUUCUAGACGAAGCUGAGCGUUCUCUCCAUGAUGCAUUGUGUGUGUUGUCUCAGACCAUUAAAGAGACUCGCACAGUCUAUGGUGGAGGUUGUUCAGAAAUGUUGAUGGCUAAAGCAGUGAUGGACUUGGCCAGCAGAACCCCCGGAAAAGAAGCUGUGGCUAUGGAGUCUUUCGCCAAAGCUUUGAGAAUGCUCCCGACUAUAAUCGCGGAUAAUGCAGGUUAUGACAGCGCAGACCUCGUGGCUCAACUGAGAGCCGCUCACCAGGAGAAUAAGAACACUUUUGGCCUGGAUAUGAGGCAAGGCACAGUCGGUGACAUGGCUGAGCUGGGCGUCACAGAGAGCUUCCAGGUGAAGAGGCAGGUGCUGCUAAGUGCUGCAGAGGCAGCCGAGAUGAUUCUCCGUGUUGAUGACAUUAUCAAGGCCGCACCAAGGAAACGAGUACCAGAUCACCACCCAUGUUAGGACAACCAGAGUGUGUGGAAAGCAGUCUGUGUAUUUAUUACCUGCAAUGGCCUCCUCCUUUAGGUCACAUGUCAAUGUGUUGCACAGUUAGCACUCCAGAGGCUGUCUGUGUCCUGUCGCUAUUCAAACAUGGCCAUGUGGCUUUCUUUGUUUACUCAGUAAUAAAACUUUAGAACCUG